ACCAUAUUUCGCUUCCAUUAAUCCCCACAUUCUUCAAUCGAGCUUUUUUUGCCAAAUUCGCCAUGCCUUGUCCUUGAAUUUCACCUCAUUCUCUGCGUUCAUCUGAUAAGCAAGGCAUGAAAAUGGUGUGGAGACUACUGGUCUACAUGUUCUUUAUUUCUUUCACUUCUGAUCAAUUUAUUAGAGCCCAGGAUUACACAGAUUAUGUUCCGCCCGCUCCGCCCCCGGAAGAAGAAAACUGUGAUGGGAUUUUCGUGUCGUACACCUUCAUAUCCAGGCAGAAGGAGUUCCCCCAUGUCAAGAAUGCAUCGGCGCAGGCCUGGGCCUUUAAGGCCAUGGCGACCGUGCUCAAUGCAGGCACCUUUGAGCUCAAGGCAUGGAAGAUAUUCAUUGGGUUUCAGCACGAUGAGAUUCUAGUUUCAGCAGGUGGAGCGGUUGUAAUGAAUGGGGAUGAUAUGCCUGCUGCGGUUGGGAAUGGGACUUACCUCUCAGGCUUCCCUCAGACUGAUUUGAAAACGUCCAUUGAAACUGCUGGGGACCUUACCCAAAUAGAGGUCCAAAUUCCGAUCACCGGGACUCAGUUUGGGGUGAAGCCACCAGGGGUUCCAAUGCCUAGAACCAUUAGUCUUGCAAAUGACGGAUACAAGUGCCCGAAACCGACUGUAAAGAAGACCGCAAUGCAUGUAUGCUGCACUAGAAAGCCGAAGUUUAAGGUCAAAACCGAAUCGACAAAGUUCUUGCCACGACAAUAUGGGGAUCUGUCCUUUGUCUAUGAUAUCAUCCAAGCAUAUGAUGGGAAUUAUCUGGCUCAAGUAACCAUAGAAAACAAUCACCCUUUGGGGCGUCUAGAUCAUUGGAAUUUGACUUGGGAGUGGAUGAGAGGGGAGUUCAUAAACACAAUGAGAGGAGCUUACACUCAUAAGAUAGACUCCACUGACUGCAUUUAUGGAGCUGCUGGGCAAUACUACAAAGGCCUUGAUUUUUCCCAAGUCAUGAACUGCGAAAAGAACCCCAUCAUUGGAGACCUGCCUUCUGAAAAGGCCAAAGAUGAUAAAGUGGGAUUUAUACCACACUGUUGUAGAAAUGGCAGUCUCCUCCCAACCAUAAUGGAUCAAACUAAAUCAAAGGCAGCCUUUCAACUGCAGGUGUACAAGAUUCCACCAGAUAUGAAUAGAACAGUUCUGUUUCCUCCCCAGAAGUGGAAAAUCGUUGGGGUGCUCAAUCCAGACUACAAGUGUGGGCCGCCAAUAAGAGUGGACCCGACCGAGUUUCCAGACGCGAGCGGGCUGCUGCAGGUCACUAGCAGCGCCAUUGCGAGCUGGCAGGUUACCUGCAACAUCACCAGGCCUAAGAAGAGGAAUUCAAGAUGCUGUGUCUCCUACUCGGCCUACUAUAAUGAUUCAGUGAUACCUUGUAAUACAUGUGCUUGUGGUUGUGAUGACACAGAAACUUGCAAUCCAAACAUCCCAUCAAUGCUUCUCCCUUCUGAAGCUCUUUUGGUUCCUUUUGAAAACAGAACUGCAAAGGCCAAGGCUUGGGCCAAAUUAAAGCAUCUUAACGUCCCCAGCCCAUUGCCUUGCGGUGACAAUUGUGGGGUUAGCAUAAAUUGGCACAUAAAUUCAGACUACAAGACUGGAUGGACAGCCCGGAUCACGCUGUUCAAUUGGGAAGAAAUCAUUUUUGAGGAUUGGUUUGUUGCAGUCGAAAUGAAAAAGGCCUUCCUGGGUUAUGAAAAUAUUUACUCCUUCAAUGGAACAGUACUCAAGGAUAUCAAUAAUACUCUCUUCUUCCAAGGAUUACCGGGUUUAAACUACUUGAUGGGCGAGGUGAAUGGAUCAGAUCCGAAAAGUGAUCCCAAGGUACCUGGUAAGCAGCAAUCCGUGAUUUCCUUUAAGAAGAAGCUUACACCUGGUAUCAAGAUAGUACAAGGAGAUGGCUUUCCUUCAAAGCUGUAUUUCAAUGGGGAAGAGUGUUCACUUCCUACAGAAUUUCCCAUAGGCGAUGGAAACAGAUAUCGUGUAAAUCUUGUGCCUGUAAUUCUCCUCACACUUGUGACUUCUAUGCUGAUGACAAAUCAUUUGCACUGACAACCAGUUUUUUUUUUUUUUUCCCAUGGCUACUGCUAUUCAAUAUUUACCUUAGGUGACAAUUCAGUUUGAUAUCAAAAGCUAGAGUCCUCCCUCCUAGAAAACUACAUUUCUGUCACCUUGUCAUACUUCAGGCUCUAGUUAACCAAUUCAUUGCAUUCCAAGGAUAUUCAUGAUGACCUUCACUAACAAAACACAGUUCUCGAUUUCCUCAAGUAUUGGAGAGACUACAACAUUUCAGCUUGUAGAGGAUGAAAAAGAGGGAACCAUGAUGAUGAUUGGCCUUAAAACAGUUGUAACAGUUGAUAGCAGCCAUGCAAGAGUGUCUUAUAACUAGUGGAUAAGGCCCCUGUACUGCAUGGAGUUUAUGGUGUUUUAGCUUUUCAGAUCCAUGCAUACGCAAAGUUGUAACAGAUAUAAAGCUAGCUUACUUGUUAGAUAUUGUAAUUUAGCCCAUUUAU